AUGUAUACUUAUACAUUUGAAUAUAAAAAACAAACAAUUCUUCAACCUCAAGUGUUUCGAUCUUUCAUUUUAUCUCAAAUCUGGAACUGUUUAUAUAUUUUAUCAGAUUUUCCAACAAUUCGCAUUCCAUUCACUUCAAUUAUGACAUCUUAUUGUGCAACUUUAGAUAUUUCGGGAAAUAUUUUGGAAUACUUAUAUGGCAUUCAUUUUUCGGUAAUUUACAUAGCUCAUUUCUAUACUUUACUGUUUUGUGCAAUUCGAGUUCUGAUUCUGUCAUCGCCGGAAAAUAAUGAGCAGGUGAGUUGGGUUCAGGCGGUAAGAAAGUCAGAACAGAUUUUUAGAAAAAUACUGAUUCCGUAUACGUUUUUUUUUAAAUUUCAAUCAAAUAAUAUCCAGAUUUUUGAAUUAAAAAUUUUUUUUUAAUAACUUGAAUUUUCAAUUCUUUGAUCAUUUUUAAAAUCUCAAAUUUUGGACCAAUUUUCAGUAGAUUAUUCCGAAAUUUCGAAUUCUCAAAAAUUUGGAAAACUUUUUGAAGAAGAACAAUUUUUUGCCCUAAUUUCUCAUGGGAAUAAAUAGUUCUCCCAAUUCUUCCACUUCCCAAUUUUUCUAGGCUUGCGAAACCGCAAUGUCAAUUCUCCGUCCAAUUCUUCUAAUUCUCGGAUUUCUAGUUUGCGUUCCUUUCACUUUAGGAACUGGCUAUUGUGUUCAACUCGACGAACCAUUUCAAUUCGGAGCUGUUAAAAUCAGCUCCGAUCUUCUUCGUGAUAAUGUGAGAGCCCCGAUUUUCUUCCAAUAUUCUCGAAAUUUCAGCCGAUCCCAAAUAUGAUCCACAUUUUCCUAUCAACCCUAAUAAGCUGUCUAAUAAUCCUGCUAAAUGUUUACAUGAUAAUAAAAAUCAAAAUUGGCUCAAAAAAUGAGGUGACAACUGUAAAUAAUAGUGGAAAACUAGUUCGAGCCGAGCGAACACUCACGAUAACUAUGUUGCUCAUGUUAGUCACUUUAUUCAUGUCAUUGGCAACGAGGGUGAGUUUGGGUAAUUAAUUUUUCGAGUUCUAUGGAUGGAUGAGAUUUUUAGGGCACAGACUUGCUUCGUUCCCCUUUGUAUCCUUACGUAAUGAUAAUUCGCCCGUUUUUCAUCGAUUUUCGAGUGAACAUUGUUUCCUGGUAUUUCUACCUAACUCAUCCAAUGUUCAAAAAACCUGUCGCAAAAAGAUUCGAUAAUUUCUAUCAAGUCAAAUCGCGGCUCAACUAUCGGAAAUUAAUUUUUUGUUAUUUCCUUUGUACUAUUCUCUGCAGAUUUCAAAAACAAUACAGUUUCUUCUAA